GUCUGACUGAAUUCAGCUGUUCCAAAUCAUUGUUUGAUGGUGUUGGAGUUUCCUGUUGUGCUGCAUGCACGUCGCAAGUGUAUUCAACUGGCAGCUUCACCUCGUCCUGCCCACAGAGCAGCAGUGAUACACUGAAGAGGAGACAUCUGGCCCUAGGCUUUCCUAAGGAGACGGUGUCUUUGGCACACGAUAAUAUUGCUGUAGUUCCCACAUUCGCUUGAAUUGUCAUAUGAAUUCUGUGAUGUGGAUGUGCAUGUAAUAGAAAUAAUGGACCAGGACAGCAAGAGUGCAAGCUUCUCAGAAAGCCUCGUGCUGGAUAACGCUGAGAAAGGAGUUGUUGUUGCAGGAAUCAAAGACAACACAAUCUCUCCAAAAAGUGGAGAAAGGUUUGUUGCAGCAACAAUACAACUUGGUAAACUUGAGAAAAACGAUGUGGAGAAAAUCUUGAAGGUGCUGGAGCCGUACGAAAGCAACAUAAAUCUUCUGACAGAGAAGGACUUGAACCCCGGUGUUGACCUUGGCUCUUUGGGAGUAGGUCUCAAAGAUUCGGCAGCGAUAUUACAGAAGGAUCUAUCGCUGGAUGCAUCAGCUCAGGGACCAACCGUUUCCCUUGAUGGCCUGAAUGGAAAGCUUAAUGAUGCACAAGACAUCAACAAACCAGAAGUCGAAGGCAAAAUGAAACACAAGGCCCCGAAAUUCACAAUGCCACACUUCAAUCUACCUGAUCUUGAUGCACCAAAAGCAGACAUUGAUGUCUCUGGUGAUCCAGGUCUUCCUUCAGUCAGUGGAAGCCCAGAUGCUAAUAUUGAGGCACCCUCAGGGAAAAUCAAGUGGCCCCAUCUAAAAUGGAAAAGUCAAAAACUCAAAGGACCAGAUGCUGACCUGUCCACACCUAAUGCCAGCAUUUCCACACCAAAGAUUGAUGGUGAUCUAAGUACCCCAGAUGUGAAUGUUGGCUCAGCUCAAGCUGAUAUUAAAGGCCCUGAUCUAGAUGUUCAAACCCCAGAUCUUAACGUUGAUGCCCCUUCUGGUAAGAUCAACUGGCCUCACCUGAAAUGGAAGAAGCCCAAACUUGAAGGAUCAAAAGCAGACUUGGACAUGGAUGCAGACCUAAAGAAACCUGAUUUAAGUCUUUCAGCUCCAAAGAUUGAGGGUGACAUUAAUGUACCAAAUGCUGAGCUGAGUCUUCCAGAAACAGAGCUAAAGGCCCCGGGUGUAGAUGUUCAUGCCCCAGACGCUGACAUUGAUGCUCCUUCAGGAAAAAUUAACUGGCCUCAUCUAAAGUGGAAAAAAUCCAAACUUAAUGGGCCAAAAGCUGAUAUGGACCUCAAUGCAGAUUUAAGCCCACCAGAUGCUUCAGUUCCAAAAAUUGAUGGGGAGAUUAGUACACCUGACGUGAGCCUCAAUUUACCCAAAGCUGACGUUGAUAUCAAAGCACCAGAUGCUGACAUAAAUCCACCGUCUGGCAAAAUCAAGUUCCCAACACUGAGAAAACCUAAAUUCUUGGUUUCUGGGCCAAAGGUGAAAGCUCCAGAUGUUGAUGUUGAUGCUGAUGUGAAAGCACCUGACCUCAGUCUGUCUGCUGAAGCACCUGAUGCUGAUCUGAACUUACCAAAAGCUGACCUUGAUAUCAAAGCACCAGAUGCUGACAUAAACCCACCGUCUGGCAAAAUCAAGUUCCCUACACUGAAAACACCUAAAUUCUUGGUUUCUGGGCCAAAGUUGAAAACCCCAGAUGUUGAUGCUGAUGUGAAAGCACCUGACCUCAGUCUGUCUGCUGAAGCACCUGAUGGUGAUCUGAAUUUACCAAAAGCCGAUGUUGAAGCACCAAAUGUAGACAUUGAAUCUCCAUCUGGAAAGAUCAAAUUGCCCACUAUGAAAAAGCCAAAAUGGUCAAUCUCGGGUCCUAAGGUUAAUGGUCCAGAUGUUGAUUUAGAUGCUGGUGUUUCAACCCCUGACUUGAAUCUCUCAGCUCCAAAUAUGGAUGGUGAGAUAAAUGCACCAGAUGUGGAUCUAAAUUUACCAAAAGCUGAACUGGAAGCCCCCAAAUUUGAUGUAGAAUCUCCAGAUGUUGACAUUGAAGCCCCAUCUGGAAAAUUCAAAUGGUUCCAAUUCAAGAAACCCAAAUUUGGCACACUGAAAGGUCCAAAGGCUGAUAUUGACUCUAAUGUGACGAUACCAGAGGUGGACCUCAAAAGGCUGAUGCAGAAAUAA